CUUUAAGAUACAGAGUACUACAGCUCCGCACGUCGUUUAUUGCCUAGGGCGGUGGGAGAAGGAGCAUUUCCUCUGCUUCCGACUCUGCAAUAGUGGGCGGCCAUGGUGUUCACCGGCGCCUUUACCGCUUCGGGAACUACCACCGCAAAGGAGCCAUACCCCAAGACUAAGUCUUCCGUGGAUGAGCGGGGUGUGGAUGCCCCCGCUCCGGCGGUGCUAACGAAGGCGGCAGAUAAGCACGAUGUCGUCGCCUACACUAUGACCAACGCGCCCCUCGUUGGCCUAGCCGGUUUGGCAGCGGGUGUGCAGGAGGCUUACAUGACGUUCGAGCGCCUGCCCCCCAGCCUGUCGCGGCAGCACUUUAAGCAAGCAAAGCUUCUUCUUGGCAUUAUUGGCAAGAAGACGGCUUAUGCCACGCUCCUGGGUGCUGUCUUCUGCGCCACCGACGCGUAUGUGGAGAACGCGCGGGGCAAGCACGACCUGACCAGCGGCAUGGUUGCUGGCGCCGUGACCGGCCUGCUCUUCGGCAUGGGGCGGCCCAUGCCCCAGCCCGUGGCCUGGCCCCUGGCGUUUGCUGCCACAGCCGUGGUGGGCGACUUCAUUGGCGAGGUGAUGCCCAACUACAUGAAGGACUUCAGGAUGUACGGCCCUGUCGUGGGCCGCGAGAACUGGGGCGACCCCGUGCCCCCCCGCCCGCCCAUUCUGGACACUGGCGCCGCCGUGCGCCCCAGCGACCCGGGCCAGUUCUGGCGCGGCUACUAAAGCGCCUCCUCUCCUUGUAUGGUGCAAGGAUGGUGCACGGAGUGGCUUAUCUUCGGUCGGUUUUGUGAUAUUUUCACUAUGGUGUAGGUGUGCAUCGUUGCGCAGGGUCGCUUUGCGUGCGCCCCUGGUAAUGGCACAUGGUUAGUGGCGUGCGGAGGGCCCCUUGGGAGUGGCUUGCUGUCGGGUUAUCAGAUUGUGUACUUUGUAAAGGGCUGUCACGCGCGUGUAGCGUCGGUGUGGGAUGCUCCGACGUGGCUUGAAGGUGGGAAGAGAGGGUCGGUUAGGGUGCAUGCAUUCCGUGCGGAUGCACGGGGGCCUGUAACAACGUGUGACCUCGCGCUCAGCCUCUCAGCUGUAAGCGGCCAUUCG